AUGGGAUGGGCGGGGGGUGGGGACCGGGGGCAGCUGGGGCGUGGAUCCGUGCCCCUCCUCCCCGUGCCACUGCCUCCUCUUUCUCCUCCUCCGGGUCGGGGACCUGGGGGAGGGAGGGUCUCCAUCUUCUCUCUGGCCCCUGCACCUCACACAAAAAGCACGCCUUCCUCAGCUCCUCCUUCAGCCCUGGGGCCCCCCUACCCAGCGGUGCAGGCCCCAGGGGCUUCUCAGCCUCGCUAUAGUACCCUCCCCACUCCCGCUACCCCCACCACGCCCCGGCCCGCGAUGAUGCCCAUCUCUGCUCCCCAUUCCUGGGGUUCCCACCCUGCCCCUGCCCCAUGCCGAUGCCCCCAGGACCCUCCUGGGCUGCGGAGAGGCCCUCUGAUCCCUGAGCAGGAUUCUGAGAGGCUGGAGGACUGUGACCCUGAGGGGUCCCAAGAUUCAGCCCUCCAUGGGGAGGGGCAGCAGCCCCUGCUUCACGUGCCUGAAGGGCUCCGAGGCUCCUGGCACCACGUCCAGAACCUGGACAGCUUCUUCACCAAGAUGUACAGCUACCACCAGAGGAGUGGCUUUGCCUGUAUCCUGCUGGAGGAUGUCUUCCAGCUGGGACGAUUCAUUUUCAUUGUCACCUUCACAACCUUCCUUCUUCGCUGCGUGGAUUACAGCGUUCUCUUUGCCAACCAACGAAAAAACCGAACAAGACCUGGGUCGCUCCACAGCAAAGUGACCUUGUCAGAUGCUAACCUACCCUCAUCCCAGUGUGCCCAGCGGUGAGUGACAGAUCCGCUCCUGCUUGUCUUCCUGCUGAUCCUGGCGGCUGCCGUCUGGCUCUUCCAGCUGCUUCGCUCGGUCUGCAAACUCUUCAGCUACUGGGACAUCCAGGUGUUUUCCAGGGAGGCCCUGCACAUCCCCCCAGAGGAGCUCAGCUCGGUGCCCUGGGCCGAGGUGCAGUCCCGCCUCCUGGCGCUGCAGAGGAGCGGAGGGUUGUGCGGGCAGCCGAGGCCGCUGACGGAGCUGGACGCCCACCACCGCAUCCUGCGCUACACCAACUACCAGGUGGCGCUGGCCAACAAGGGCCUGCUGCCGGCCCGCCGCGCCGUGCCCCGGGGAGGCAGGGCGGCCUUCCUCAGCUGCGGCCUGGCGCCCAUCGAUCUGCUCCUCUCCCGCGGGCCCUUCUCGUUCUUCCGCGGCGGCUAGGAGCUGCCCGACGCCUACAAGCGCAGCGACCGGCGGGCCGCCCUGGCCGCGCGCUGGCGGCGCACGGUGCUGCUGCUGGCGGCCGUGAACCUGGCGCUGAGCCCGCUGGUGCUGGCCUGGCAAGUGCUGCACGCCCUCUACAGCCGCGCUGAGCUGCUGCGGCGCGAGCCCGGCGCGCUGGCGACGCGCCGCUGGUCCCGCCUGGCCCGCCAGCAGCUGCGCCACUUCAACGAGCUGCCGCACGAGCUGCGCGCGCGCCUGGCCCGCGCCUCCCGCCCCGCCGCCGCCUUCCUGCGCGCCCCCGCGCCCGUGCUCGCGCUGAAGAAGAAGCUCGUCUUCUUCGCCGGCGCGCUCUUCGCCGCGCUGCUCGUGCUCACCGUCUACGACAAGGAUGUGCUCUACGUGGAGCACGUGCUCACCGCCAUGACCGCGCUCGGGAUAGUGGCCACGCCCUCUAGGUCUUUCAUUCCGGGCGGGCAGGGCCAAGGUCGUUCGCCGCAAAUCCUGCUGCCGGCGGCCUUGGCGCACACGCACUACCUCCCGGAGGAGACCGGCCCUGCCGGCAGGACCAGCUCUUACCGGCAGAUGGCGCGGCUGCUGCAACACCGAGCGGUCUCCCUCACGGAGGAGCUCCUGUCCCCUGUCCUCGCCCCACUGUUUCUGCUCUUCUGGUUUCGCCCUGGCGCCUUGGAGAUCAUUGACUUUUUUCGUCACUUCGCUGUAGAUGUGGCCGCGGUUGGGGACAUCUGUUCCUUUGCCCUUAUGGAUGUGAAGCGCCAUGGCCACCCUCAGGUAAGAGCCUGUCCCUGGCUAAAAGAGGGACAGACAGAGGCCUCACUGUCUGAGCGGGCUGAGGACGGGAAGACUGAGCUCUCAUUGAUGAGGUUCUCCCUGGUUCAUCCACAACGGUGCCCCCCAAGCCACAGCUCCAAGUUCCUGGGGCACCUUCGAGGCCGGGUGCAACAAGAUGCAGCCGCCUGGGGCGCCAGCUCGGUUCGCAGCCCCCCCAGCCCUGGGAUCCUCAGCAGCUCUUCCUCCCCUCUGCCGGAGGCCUUCCCGGCCAACCUCUCGAUGCAGCCCCUCGUGCCCCCCCAGGACCUGAGCCCCGUAGUCCCCUGCCCAGCUGCAGCCACGGCCAGCCUCCUGGCCUCGAUUUCCCGAAUGACCCAGGACUCAAGCUGUGUGUCCCCAGGAGGCAGUGGGGGCCAGAAGCUGGACCAGCUCCCAGAGCUUGUGUCUGCUGAUCUCCACGCCAUUUACCUGCACCAGCUCCAUCGGCAGCAGCAGCAGGAACUGUGGGGCGAGGCUUCAGCCUUCUCCCUGUCCAGGCCCUGGGCCAGCCCGCCGCAGACACUCUCCCUGGAUGAGGAGAAGCCAUCCUGGUCCAGUGAUGGCUCCAGUCCUGCUUCCAGCCCCAGACAGCAGUGGAGAACCCAGAGGACCCAGAAUCUGUUCCGUGGAGGGUUUCAGGAGCCCACAGACACCCAGAAGGAGCCUGGCCAGGCCACUAGCACUGACUGAGAGGGCUGCUCACGGCCAGUAUUGUCUAACUGGGGUGGAGGCAGGGCAACGAGUAGGACACUGGGUGGACUCAGACUCAGAGGUAUGGGAACAGUGGUGGGAAUUUGGGGUGAUGGGGAUGGUCAUCUCUGGAACCUAAACCCCUGGACUGCUUGUCAAGAGUUUUUCCUCCCCCAGGUUCCCUGGCUUCUUCUCCAGCCACAGGAGAUCGGGUGAGGUAGAGUGGAAGGGCAUGCCGAGCCCUCUUUAAAGACCCCCACGGAUGCUUUAGCUGGGCGGAACUUGGGAGUCAAUGAGGAACUCGCCCCGGAGAAGAGAGAAAGGGUAGGAGAGGAGAUGCCCAAGGCAUCGGGAAACAUGUCUUAGAGACAGUCCUCACACGGAGGGGCUAAGAGACAACUAUCUGUCCUGGAGUGGUCGCCUGGGAGGAAGUACCCAAGUGACCUCACGUUGGAGGGAAGAGCCAAGAUGGAAGCCAAGCUGCACAUAAGGGAGCCAUGAGGGGCUGGACCCAAAAGGCAGUAGGUUCUUUUUUUUUUUUUUUUGCGGUACGUGGGCCUCUCACUGUUGUGGCCUCUCCCGUUGCGGAGCACAGGCUCCGGACGCGCAGGCUCAGCGGCCAUGGCUCACGGGCCCAGCCGCUCUGCGGCAUGUGGGAUCUUCCCGGACCGGGGCAUGAACCCGCGUCUCCUGCAUCGGCAGGUGGACUGUCAACCACUGCGCCACCAGGGAAGCCCCAGUAGGUUCUUUGGACACAUCUGGACUUUAGGUUUCCAUGGGACUUGCGGAAGGUCAUGGGGACUGGGGGUGGGAAGACUAGAGAGGCCUGACGUUUUCGGAGUUCACGUUGCUGUGACAUCUGAGGAAGUGGGUCUGGCCCCUCGUCCUGUCCGAAACAAGCAGUAAAGUUUGCUCAUGGCUGUGCUGCACAGCUUUGCGACCUUAGUCCUGGAAUCCCCACUCCUGUCAGCUGACGACUGCACCUGCUUCUCAGUCCAGAUCAGGGAGCAACACAGAACUGCCCGUGAUUGGCUGGGGACCACCACUGUUCUCCAGGACUCCCUGUCAAAGAAUUACCACCUCCACACUGUCUGCACGAGUUCAAAGACAAAGCUUGUCAUUCAUUCUGUAACUGUAAUUGACGGCGCUGGGUUAGGCAUCUUAGUAGCUCUCAUAACUUCUGAUCUGGUCUCUUAUGGUGAAUCUUCAGUAAUAAAUAUUUCAAUGAUUUAGA